AUGGAUUACGAAAACGACCCAGGUUGGAAGUAUCUUCGCAGGACUCGUGAAGAAAUGCUUCAGGAUCAAUCACAUCCUUACGAUUCAAAAAAAAAUUUUUGGAUGCCAGAUCCUGAGGAAGGAUAUAUUGCUGUUGAAGUUUCUUCUAUCAAAGGUGAUACAGCAACUGUAACUGUAACAGGAGGUAUAGAAAAGACAUGUAAAAAGGAUCUUCUUCAAGAAAUGAAUCCUCCUAAGUUUGAAAAAACUGAAGAUAUGUCUAAUCUUACUUUCCUUAAUGAUGCCUCUGUUCUUCAUAAUUUACGUUCUCGUUAUGGAGCUAUGCUUAUUUACACUUAUUCAGGUCUUUUCUGUGUAGUAAUUAAUCCAUACAAAAGACUUCCGAUUUAUACUGAUUCUGUUGCUCGUAUGUUUAUGGGAAAAAGAAGAACUGAAAUGCCACCUCAUUUGUUUGCUGUUUCUGAUGAAGCAUAUCGUAAUAUGCUUCAAAAUCAUGAAAAUCAAUCUAUGUUAAUUACUGGUGAAUCUGGAGCCGGUAAAACCGAAAAUACUAAAAAAGUUAUUGCUUAUUUUGCCGCUGUUGGUGCAUCACAACAAGAAACUGCUGAUGCUCUUUCUGGUGUUGUUACAGUACCCGAUACUAAAAAAGUUACACUUGAAGAUCAAAUUGUUCAAACUAAUCCUGUUCUUGAAGCUUUUGGUAAUGCAAAAACUGUCCGUAAUAAUAAUUCUUCACGUUUUGGUAAAUUCAUUCGUAUUCACUUUAGUAAGAAAGGACGUGUAGCUUCUUGUGAUAUUGAACAUUAUCUUCUUGAGAAAUCUCGUGUCAUUAGACAAGCUCCUGGUGAAAGAUGUUAUCAUAUUUUUUAUCAAAUCUUCUCAGAUUUUCAACCAGAUCUUAAGAAAAAACUUCUUCUUAAUAAACCAUUAAAAGAUUAUUGGUUUGUUGCUCAAGCAGAAUUGACUAUUGAUGGUAUUAAUGAUAAAGAAGAAUUCCAAUUGACUGAUGAAGCUUUUGAUAUUCUUAACUUUUCUAAAGAAGAGAAAGCAAAUGUUUAUCGACUUUGUGCUGCUAUGAUGCAUAUGGGUAACAUGAAAUUUAAACAACGUCCACGUGAAGAACAAGCUGAAACUGAUGGUACAGAAGAUGCUGAAAAUGCUGCUAAGAUGUAUGGUAUUGAAGUUGAAGAUUUCUUGAAAGCUUUCCUUCGACCAAGAGUAAAAGUUGGAAAUGAGUGGGUUAACAAAGGACAAACUAUGGAUCAAGUAUAUUGGGCUAUUGGUGCUAUGGCUAAAGGUCUUUAUGCAAGAAUAUUCCAUUGGUUAGUUCAUAAAUGUAAUAUGACACUUGAUCAACAAGGAAUAUCUAGAGAUCAUUUUAUUGGUGUCCUUGAUAUUGCUGGUUUUGAAAUUUUUGAUUUUAAUUCUUUUGAACAACUUUGGAUUAAUUUUGUUAAUGAAAAACUUCAACAAUUUUUUAAUCAUCAUAUGUUUGUUCUUGAACAAGAAGAAUAUAAAAAAGAACAAAUUGAUUGGACAUUCAUUGAUUUUGGUCUUGAUCUUGCUGCAUGUAUUGAACUUAUUGAAAAACCUAUGGGUAUCAUUGCUAUGUUAGAUGAAGAAUGUAUUGUUCCAAAAGCUACUGAUAUAACACUUGCACAAAAACUAAUUGAACAACAUCUUGGUAAACAUCCUAACUUUGAAAAACCAAAACCACCAAAAGGUAAACAAGCUGAAGCUCAUUUUGCUAUGAGACAUUAUGCUGGUGUUGUACGUUAUAAUGUUUCUAAUUGGCUUGAAAAAAAUAAAGAUCCACUUAAUGAUACUGUUGUUAGUGUUAUGAAAGCAUCUAAAAACAAUGAUUUAUUAAAGGUUGUUUGGGCUGAUUACACAACACAAGAAGAAGCUGCUGCUCUUGCAGCUAAAGGUAAAGGUGCUGCUGGUGGUGGAAAAAAGAAGGGUAAAUCUGGAUCGUUUAUGACUGUAUCUAUGUUAUACAGAGAAUCUCUUAACAAUCUUAUGACUAUGCUUAAUUCAACUCAUCCACACUUUAUUCGUUGUAUUAUUCCAAAUGAAAAAAAACAAUCUGGUGUUAUUGAUGCUGCUUUAGUUUUAAAUCAAUUAACAUGUAAUGGUGUACUUGAAGGAAUUAGAAUUUGUCGUAAAGGUUUUCCUAACAGAACACUUCAUCCAGAUUUUGUUGAAAGAUAUGCUAUUUUGUGUGCUGAUGAAGCUAAAUCAUCUACAGAUAAAUUAACUUGUGUUAAAGCUAUGUUUGCUAGAUUAAUUAAAGAAGGCAAAAUUAAAGAGGAACAAUUUAGAAUUGGUUUGACUAAAGUUUUCUUUAAAGCUGGUGUUGUAGCUCAUAUGGAAGAUAUGAGAGAUAUUAGAUUAGCUGAAUUAAUUACUGGACUUCAGGCACAAAUAAAGAGUUAUUAUGGUAUAAUUGAUGUCAAAAGAAGAAGAGAACAACUUGCUGCUACAACUAAAAUUCAAUCAAAUGUUAGACAAUGGCUUCAACUUAGAAAUUGGAUUUGGUUCAAACUUUAUGUAAAAGUUAGACCUUUACUUGAAGCUGGAAAAGAACAAGAAAAAAUUGAUGCACUUGCUGCUAAUGUUGAAAAAUUAAAAGAAAGUCUUGGAAAGGAAACUGAUCGUUUAGAUGAAAUUAAUGCUAAGAAAAUCAAACUUAGCCAAGAAAGGGAAGAACUUAUGAAAGAGUUAGAUGGAUAUAGAGCUAAACAAGGAGAUAUAACUGCUAAAAUGGCUUCUGUUAAUGAAGCUAAAUCUGCUCUUGAAAAAGAAAUUGUUGAAUUAAAUAAAUCUAUUGCAGUUGAAGAGGAGAAAUAUUCUGAAAUUUUAAAACAAAAAAAAUUAUUAGAAGGAGAUGUUGAUUCAAUUAAAAGAUCAAUUCAAGAUAUGGAACUUACUCUUAAAAAAUCAGAAGCAGAAAAAACUAACAGAGAUAAUCAAAUUAGAUCACUUCAAGAAGAAUUAAAUCAACAAGAUAUUACUCUUGCUAAGCUUAAUAAAGAACGUAGACAUCAAGAUGAAAAUGCUAAAAAAAUGUCUGAAGAUUUAAAUCGUGAAGAAGAAAAAACUAAUGAAACAAAUAGAAUUAGACAAAAACUUCAACAAACAAUGGAAGAUGCAGAAACUAGUAUGGAGAGAGAAAGAAGAAGUAGAUGUGAUGCUGAAAAAAAUAAAAGAAAAAUGGAAGGAGAAUUAAAAAUUGUUCAAGAAUCUAUUGAUGAACUUUCCAAACAAAGACAAGAUGCUGAAAUUAGUUUAAGAAGAAAGGAAGCUGAACUUCAUGCAUUAUCUGUUCGUUUGGAAGAUGAACAAAAUCUUCUUAACAAACUUGAAAGACAUGUAAAAGAGGAUGAAAGUAGAGUCAAAGAGCUUGAAGCUGAAUUAGAACAAGAAAGAGAAGCUAGAUCUAGAAGUGAAAAAUCUAAAAAUGAAUUACAGUCAGAAGUUGAUGAUCUCAAUGAACAACUUGAGCAACAAAUGACUGCUAUUAAUGGAGCUGUUGAAAGUAAUAAGAAAAAAGACGCUGAAAUUGCUAGAUUAAGAAGAGAAGUUGAACAAAUUACUAUUCAGCAUGAUUCUUCUGUUGGUUCUCUUAAAAAAAAAGCAUCUGAUGGUACAGGUGAAUUAAAUGAUCAAAUUGAUGCUAUUGUUAAACAAAAAUUGAAGGCUGAUAAAGAAAAGGCUGCUUUACAAAGACAACUUGAUGAAUUAACUAUGCAAGUUGAUGAAGAAGCUAAAGUUAAAAUUGAACAUGAAAGAAGAGCUAAAGCUUUAGAAAAUCAAUUAGUUGAACUAAGAAUGAAAUCUGAAGAACAAGCUAGACAAAUAAAUGAUAUAUCAUCUGCUAAAGGACGUAUGCAAGGAGAUAAUUCUGAACUUAUGAGACAUGUUGAAGAAUUAGAUGCUCAAGUAGUUAAUACAAAUAAACUUCGUGCACAAUUUGCCUCUGAAUUAGAAGAGACAAGACGUACUGCUGCUGAAGAAGCUAGAGAAAAACAAUCGCUUAGUAUUUUAUCUAAAAAUCUAGAACAUGAAUUAGAACAAUUACGUGAAACAUUUGAGGAAGAAUCUGCUGCUAAGAAUGAUGUUCUUAGACAACUUAAUAAAGCUCAAAAUGAAAUUACUCAAUGGAAAGCUAGAUAUGAAUCUGAAGGACUUAUUUCUGCUGAAGAAAUGGAAGAGAUUAGACGUAAACAACUUUCUCAAAUUACUGAUCUUCAAGCAAUUUUGGAUAGUGCAAUUUCUAAAGCUAGUGUUCUUGAAAAAACAAAACAACGACUUACUGCUGAUGUUGAAGCUUCAAGAUCUGAUGCUGAUAAUUUUGUUAAUAUUAUAAAUCAAUUAGAUAAAAAACAAAGAGCUUUUGAUAAGAUUUGUGAUGAAUGGAGAAGAAGAGUAGAUGAUUUACAAAAUGAACUUGAUGCUGCUCAAAGAGAUGCUAGAGUUCAUGUUACUGAAGCACAUAAACUCAGAACACAACAAGAUUCUCUUACAGAACAAGUUGAAGCAUUGAAAAGAGAAAAUAAGACUUUAACACUUGAAGCACGUGAACUUUCUGACCAAGUAGCUGAAGGAUCAAGAAAUAAUAUUGAAUUAAACAAAGCAUUAAAGAGACUUGAUCUUGAAAAAGAAGAACUCCAAAAAGCAUUAGAUGAAGCUGAAGCUGCUUUAGAAGCCGAAGAAAGUAAAGUAAUGAGAGCUCAACUUGAAGUUAGUCAAAUUAGAGCUGAAAUAGAAAAAAGAAUUCAAGAAAAAGAAGAAGAAUUUGAAAAUACUAGAAAAAAUCAUCAAAGAACACUUGAGGCUAUGCAAAAUACUUUAGAAGUUGAAACUAAAGCUAAAGCUGAAUUACUUAAAGUUAAGAAGAAGCUUGAAGCCGAUGCUAAUGAACUUGAAAUUUCUAUGGAUCAUGCAAAUCGUGCCAAUGCUGAAGCACAAAAAAAUAUUAAGAGAUAUACAGAACAAAUUCGUGAACUUCAACAAAAUAUUGAUGAAGAACAAAGGCGUCGUGAUGAGUUCCGUGAUAAUUUUCUUAAUAUUGAAAAGAAACUUGCUGCUGCUAAGUCAGAUCAAGAAGAAAUCUACACACAAAUUGAAAAUAUUAAUAAAGCAAGAAAAGCUGGUGAGACUGAAUUGAGUGAACAACAAGCAUUGGCUGGUGAUUUGGCUUCUAACAAUACUUCACUUAUAACUGCCAAGAAUAAACUUGAAAAUGAAAUUGCUCUUCUUCAAGCUGAUGCUACUGAAGCUCAAAAUGAAGUUUUAAAUGCUGAAGACCGAUGUAAGAAAGCAUCAUUUGAAGCAGCUAAACUAGCUGAGGAACUUAAACAACAACAAGAUAAGUCUAAUCAAAUAGACAGACACAGAAAGAUUCUUGAAAUUCAAGUAAAAGAUAUGGCAUCUAAGAUAGAUGAAGUUGAAGGAACAUUAAUAAAAGCAAAUCAAAAAGCAAUAGCUAAACUUGAAGCUAAACUUAAGUCAAUAGAAUCUGACUUAGAAUUAGAGCAACGCAGACAUUCAGAUGCCUUUAAAGCUCUUUCAAAAGCAGAAAGAAAAGCUAAAGAAAUUACUUUCCAAUUAGAUGAAGAGAAGAAAAAUUACAAUAAAUUGGUUGAAUUAACAGAUAAACUUCAAUCUAAAAUUAAAAAACAAAGAAGAGACAUUGAAGAUGCUGAAGAAACAGCUAAUAGUCAUCUAUCUAAAUAUAGACAGAUUCAAAUGGCUUAUGAAAAUGCCGAGGAAAGGGCUGAUUGUGCUGAGCAUAGUUUAGUUAAACUUCGAUCAAGAUCCAGAAUAAUGAAAUCAGAUACAGUUGCUUAG